GCCGCGCCGACGUGUGCGGUUGGGUAAAAAAUCAGCGGUAAACUGUGAACGGUGAACGGUGGACACUAUACGCAGCCCCAACUUUAUACUACGAAAAUAAUAGAAACAGUUUGAUGACACCCCCGCCCUCUGCAAUUUCGAGUCAAUUGUGUGCCUAAAACCAAAAACAAACAAAUAAACUUAGCAAUUUUUGUUGAAUUUUUUUCUGUGUUGCGUGUGAAGGCGAAAAGAACAAGUGCAAAAAUCUUAAUAAAAAACUCAAAAAAUUCAAAAGUCCUGGAUUAUUUUGAAUUUUGGCAAAGCAAGGACAGCGCGACUAACGGUAAACAGCCAAGUGAAAUCUCAGGCAAAAAAGCAAAGUAAAGAAAUACAAAAGCAAAGGCAGACGGUGGAAGAAGAAGAAGCAGCAACAGCAGCAAGUGCGAGAGAGCAAAAAAGAGCUCUGGAAAGAGAGCGGUGUGUGUGUCUGGCUGUGUGUGAUUUCCUUAAUUCAAAUGACUUAUUGAAACUCAACUUAAUCAAAAUCAAAUUGAAAAUCAAAGCAGAAGACGGCCAAGUUGAUUUCUCCCAAGGAAGAAAUAUCCAAAGACAAGCCAACAAACACAAUAAACAAAAACAAGACAACAAACUCGAUACACACGCUUGCUCGCUCGCUUGCUCUUUGAAAAACGCACAAUGACCUUGCCCACAAACACACACGCAGCUGCAAACGACGCCGGCAGCGGCAAUACCAACAACAACAACAGCAUCAACGGCAUCAGCAUCAGUAACAACAACAACAACCAUAACAACAAUAACAACGGCAGCAGCAGUGACGAAGAUUCAGACAUGUUUGGACCACCGCGCUGCUCCCCGCCCAUUGGCUAUCAUCAUCAUCGGUCGCGGGUGCCCAUGAUCUCGCCAAAGCUGCGGCAGCGGGAGGAGCGCAAGCGAAUCCUCCAGCUGUGCGCCCACAAGCUGGAGAGGAUCAAGGACUCCGAGGCGAAUCUUCGCCGCAGCGUCUGCAUCAAUAACACCUACUGCCGACUGACCGACGAGCUGCGUCGCGAGAAGCAGAUGCGUUACCUACAGAAUCUGCCCAGAACCAGCGACAGCGGCUCAGCCACCGAACUGGCGCGUGAGAAUCUCUUCCAGCCGAACAUGGACGACGCCAAGCCGGCCAGCAAUAGCACUAGCAAUAACAACAAGUCCUCAUCCUACGGCGAUGCCUUCAUCUCCACCUCAAACGGAUCCUCGUCGUCAUCGGGCCGCGGUGGCAUUUGCUCCAUGGAGAAUCAGCCGCCGGAACGUCAGCAGAUGGUGGCGCCAGCUGGGGCAUCCGCACCCGAGGCGGCCAAUUCGGCACCGCUAUCCGUUUCCGGCUCGGCAUCGGAGCGAGUGAACAACCGGAAACGCCACCUAUCCAGCAGCAAUUUGGUCAACGAUCUGGAGAUACUCGACAGGGAACUGAGCGCCAUCAAUGCACCCAUGUUGCUAAUCGAUCCAGAGAUCACCCAGGGUGCCGAGCAGCUGGAGAAGGCGGCACUGUCCGCCAGCAGGAAGAGAUUGAGGAGCAAUAGCAGCAGUGAGGACGAAAGUGAUCGGCUGGUGCGUGAGGCCUUGUCCCAGUUUUAUAUACCGCCGCAGCGUCUGAUCUCCGCCAUUGAGGAGUGUCCAUUGGACGUGGUUGGUUUGGGUAUGGGAAUGAAUGUGAAUGUGAAUGUUGGAGGAAUUGGUGGAAUUGGUGGAAUCGGUGGAAUCGGAGGAGCAGCAGGCGCUGGCGUCGAAGUUUCUGGUGGCAAACGUAUGAAGCUGAAUGACCAUCAUCAUCUCAACCAUCAUCAUCAUUUGCACCAUCACCUGGAGCUGGUCGACUUCGAUAUGAAUCAAAACCAAAAGGAUUUCGAGGUUAUCAUGGACGCUCUGAGGCUGGGAACGCCGACGCCGCCGAGCGGCGCUAGCAGCGAUUCAUGCGGACAGGCGGCAAUGAUGAGCGAGUCGGCCAGCGUUUUCCACAAUCUGGUGGUCACCUCGCUGGAGACAUGAAGGUACCAGUGAAUCCCCGAGCAGCAGACAAAGAUUAAAGCGUUUAGAUUUUAUAUAAGACACUUGCAUAGAGUUUUUAAGGCAACAUUUAGGCUACGACACAUCUACUAACCUAAGCUAUUAUAUACAUAUAUAUAUAUAUAAACAUGUAUAUAUAUAUAUAUAUAUAUAUAAAACGGAAUCGAGAUGAAGAUGAAGAAGAUUCGGGCGGUUUGGCCAGUAUUACUCAUUAAUGGCAGUCGCGAUUUGUAAAAACAAAAAAAUACACAAAAAAUAUAGUUAUAGGCAAAGAAGAUGAAACAACAGAAACAACAAAACAAAAACAAAAAUCAAAGAAUUUGUAGUCAAAACAGCAGAAACAAAUAAAAAAAAAAAAACAGAACAAUCUAUAAGUUAAAUUUAAAAACUAAAAACAAAACCAAUCCAUAAAUGUAACAAAUCAACAAAAAUUCAGUUGUGGUUUCCAUUUCGGUUUCGUAGAGAGCUCCCCGUUUUUAUAUCUAAAGAGGAAAGUGAAAAUGCAAAGGAAAAUUGUACAUUAAACUUCCAACUGAACAAAAACUAUGUAAAUUACAUAAGCCAAGCACAUUCCACAUUGCUUUACCAAAAACAAUAUCUCAAAUUUUGUGUUCCUACUGAAUUUUUGUUCGUUUUCCACACACAUGCAUUGGAUACCUUCAAAUAUCUCACAUACGCAAAAUAUCAAAACAUAUAUUGCAUUUAGGAAAUAUAUAUAUAUAUUUUUUUAAACAAAACCCCGCAAGUUCUCCUAGUCAAGCAAAACAAAGAGAACCUCCUCCCAAAGCUCCCAACAAAAUUCUAAAACAAAGCAAGGUUUCAUUUUAUAAAUUUCCAAAAAGAGUUCAUUUAUUAUUUUAUUUUUGCCUCUGCACAAACACAAGAUGAAGACAAUGUUCUGACAAGAAAAACUGAGACAUGAAAGCAAAUUUAAAUAGCAAUUUAAACAAAAAAAAAACUAAAAUCGAAAAACAAAACCACAAAAAUAUACAAAAAAAGUGCAAUUAGAAUUUUUGAAAACAUUGAAAGCAAGCCUCAAAAACAAAAACAAAAGUGCAUUGAAAAAGAUUUAAAAACAAAUCGGGCAAAUUAACAAAUUAUAGAAGUAAUAAUUAGUAGUAGUAAUCAAGUAAACAAUUUAAGGCAAACAAACAAACAAACAACAACAAACAAACAAACAAAAAACCCAAAAAAAUAACAAAACAAAACAAUUUUUUCUUCGAAAAAAAAUGACGG